GACUGCUCGACUGCUCCAUCAGUUCAGCACCUACACGAGGACACCAUGCGCCCAGACUCCUCUCACCUGGGACUAAUGCUGCUAUGGCUGCUGUGUGCGCGGAGCCAGGCCGAGCUGCCCAUCUGUAAAGAGUCCGACUAUCACUUUGAGUACACAGAAUGUGACAUACUGGGAGCGCGCUGGAGGGUGGCUGUGCCCAACAAACUGGACACGUGCACAAGACUACCUGACCCCGUCAAAGGCACCCAAUGCACUUUUUCUUGUAAUGAAGGCGAGUUUCUGGACAUGCAGUCUCAGCAGUGUCACAAAUGCGCCCCUGGAACCUACUCUCUGGGGACUGGAGUUGCUUUUGAUGAGUGGGACUCUUUGCCCCAUGGCUUUGUGACCCUCCACCAAAACACAGAGGAAUAUGACGACGAAGUCAACUGUGCAAAUUCAACUUGGACCCCAAAAGGUGAAUACAUCGCCUCUAACACAGAUGAAUGCACUGCCACUUUAUCCUACAGUGUGAACCUCAAGAAACCAGGAGUACUGACCUUUGAGUAUUUGUACCCUGACAACAACGUCUACUUUGAGUUUUUUGUUCAGAACGACCAGUGUCAGUCGACCAAAUCUGACGGCAGGUGGAUGAAAGUGUCUGAAAAUGACUGGAGCACACACAUGGUUGAUCUGAGCACAGGCAACAAUGUGCUGUAUUGGAGAACCACAGGAUAUUCUCUGAACAGUGAGAUCAAACCUGUGCUCCUCAAAAACAUUGGAAUCUCUGGAGUGUCUUACACGUCAGAGUGUUUCCUCUGUAAACCUGGGACAUACAGUGCAAAGCCCGGUGCUGCACGGUGCUCCCCAUGUCCAGCUGAUUCUUUCUCCACUAAAGGAGCCACAGUCUGUCACCCAUGUCAAAAUGACACAUACACAGAGGCCGGCUCAGGGACAUGCAAACCCAGACCUGCCUGUACCAUCAGUGACUACUUCUACACGCACACACCAUGUGACGCAGAGGGAAAGACCCAGCUCAUGUAUAAAUGGAUAGAGCCAAAGAUCUGCAGUGAGACUGUACUGGGCGCCGUUCAGCUGCUUGCAUCUGGAGACAAACAAACAUGUCCCCCCUGUAACCCGGGAUUUUAUGUCACUAACUCCUCAACCUGUGAGCCCUGCCAACAAGGCUUCUAUUCCAACGGGACAGUUUGUGACAAGUGUCCAGCAGGUACAGAGCCACUGGUUGGCUACGAGUACAAAUGGUGGAACACAAUUCCCAAAAAUAUGAAAAGCUCAACUUUCCGCAGCUCGUUCAAUGACCCUGAGCACAGCACAGCUUGGGAAGUGGCGGGGGAAUACAUCUACACAACUCCUGCAGAAGAGGACACAGAUUUCCUCAUGCUUACUCUUAAUGUCCCUGGAUAUAGGUUGCCACAGUCGGUCUCCAAAAACAGUCAACUUGCUCGGAUCACAUUCGUCUUUGAGACCAGGUGUACCGCAGACUGCAGACUUUUCUUCCAAGCGGGCUAUAGUCAGUGGAAUAGUGAUGUUGUGGAGCAGUGGAAAGGAACCAACAACAAACAGUCCUAUUCAUUUGUAAUUCAAGGAAAUAAAACCAAGAGCUUUACCUGGGCAUUUCAACGCACUAGGGAAUAUUCUUUGACGAGAAAGUAUAGUGCUGAUGUAGCCAAGAUUUACUCCAUCCACAUCACUAAUGUCAUUGGGGGUGUUGCCUCUCAGUGCCGCCACUGCCCUCUGGUUGCAACUGAAAGCAGUUCGGGCUGUGUCCCCUGUCCCCCUGGACACUACAUGGUGGGUGAGACAGGGGUGUGCAAGAGCUGCCCCCCAAAUACAAUCGUCAGAGCAGAGCAGGCAGUGGGGGAGGCCGCAUGUGUGCCCUGUGGACCCAACACCAAGAGGAACACGGAAUACUCCGCUUGUCUCAGUGAAUGCCACCUGAAAAUCCAAAGUCAACAAGGACCGUUGCAUUACCAUUUCUCUGCUCUCUCCAAUGUGACCAGUUUUCACAACAACGCUCGAUUCACCACUAAAGGCCUGAGAUAUUUCCAGCAUUUUAACCUGGCGCUGUGUGGCACUGAGGGAAGAGUACUGGCAACUUGUGUGGACAAUGUAACCGAGAGUGUGAAGAAGGAGGUCAAAGGAUACAUUUGUCAGUCGACUGUGGUUCCCUCCGACAUCAGGGGCCAGACUGUAGUGUCCUCCCAGCCAGUUGUCGUUGGAGACACACUAACUGGUGUCACCACAGAGACUUCACUGAACGGUAUCUCAUCUCCAGCUGGGUUAUUCCCCUCCACAUCCACAUUGCCAGAUGUCAUCUUCUACUAUAGGUCCUCUGACAAAACUCAGGCGUGCAAACAGGGCAGAGCUGCCACAGUCCGGAUGAGAUGCAACCCCACAGUGAGCGCAAAGGACCGGAUCACCACACCAAGUAACUGUUCGGAGGGCACAUGUGACGGCUGUACUUUCCACUUCCUUUGGGAAAGUCAGAAUGCAUGUCCGCUCUGCACCAAGAACCACUACAGAGAGAUAGUCAGUGCUUGUGUACAAGGAAUACAGAAAACCACAUUUGUGUGGCAGCAGCCUCUUCAGUGCUUCGGUGGUGAGCCCCUCCCGGAGCAGCUGAUCUCUGCCUGUGUCAGUCUGGACUUUUGGCUGAAGUUUGGUGUCUCCACAGGAACUGUCUCCGCUCUUCUCCUCAUCUGCAUCAGCUGCUAUUUCUGGAAGAGGACUCGCAAACUUGAAUACAAAUACUCCAAGCUAAUGAUGAGCUCUGGAGGCAAAGAGUGUGAACUACCUACUGCGGAUAGCUGUGCCAUAAUGGAAGGAGAGGAUGCAGAGGAUGACUACAUUGACCUCACCAAGAAAUCCCUCUUCACCAAAAUCAAGUCUUUCAGAUAUGAGAGGACGGUGGAUGGGUUUGAUUCAGUUCCACUUAAAUCUUCUUCGCUUUUGCAAAAAGGGGAGGACUCAGAUGACGACUAACUCAGUGGUUUCACAUGGAAAACAUGUUAGAUUGUGAUGGACACAAGUGUUCAUCUUCCACAACACCAAAGUAUGUCUUGAAUGCCUUUUGUUGUCAGUUAACCAGAUUGUCAACACCAGUUAUACUAGUUUAUCAUGACAAACUGAGACCAAGCUGACCCACUUGAACUUACUUGGUAAAAGUGCUGAAAAAGUUUGUAUUUUAUUCAUUCAUUAUGGUGGUACUACAAUUAUAUUAGCCUAGUGUUACAUAAACCACUGUUUAGGAUUUGUGUCCUGAAUUAAUACCAAUGCUCCACAUUGAGGGUAGAAAACUGACUGCUCUAGAAAGUGCCUUUUAAAACCAAAAGAGAUGUUAUGGUUUUAUUGCAGAUUCUAUCUUUUGACUGUUACAUGCUGUAUAAUUUUUAACUUUGAUAUUUUCUGAGCAAUGCCAAUAUUGUGUCAGUUGCUUCAUUAUUAAAUACUUAACAAUUUUGCCAAAGU